UCUUUGCCGCCCGGAGCCCGAGCGAGAGGCUGAGACGGUCGGAGCCCCCGCAUCCGCUGCCAUCCGCCGCGCAGACCCCGCCGAAAUGGACGAUCGGGAGGAUCUGGUGUACCAGGCGAAGCUGGCAGAGCAGGCCGAGCGAUAUGACGAAAUGGUGGAGUCAAUGAAGAAAGUAGCAGGAAUGGAUGUGGAGUUGACAGUUGAAGAAAGAAACUUACUGUCAGUUGCGUAUAAAAAUGUGAUUGGAGCCAGAAGAGCUUCUUGGAGAAUAAUCAGCAGCAUUGAACAGAAAGAAGAAAACAAGGGAGGAGAAGACAAACUAAAAAUGAUCCGAGAAUACCGGCAAAUGGUUGAAACUGAGCUGAAAUUAAUCUGCUGCGACAUUCUGGAUGUACUGGACAAACACCUCAUUCCAGCAGCUAACACUGGCGAGUCCAAGGUUUUCUAUUAUAAAAUGAAAGGGGACUACCACAGGUAUCUGGCUGAAUUUGCCACAGGAAAUGACAGGAAGGAAGCCGCAGAGAACAGCCUAGUGGCUUACAAAGCUGCCAGUGAUAUUGCAAUGACAGAACUUCCGCCAACGCACCCCAUCCGUUUAGGUCUUGCUCUCAACUUUUCCGUAUUCUACUAUGAAAUUCUUAAUUCCCCUGACCGUGCCUGCAGGUUGGCAAAAGCAGCUUUUGAUGAUGCGAUUGCAGAACUGGAUACGCUGAGUGAAGAAAGUUAUAAGGACUCUACACUUAUCAUGCAGUUGUUACGUGAUAACCUGACACUAUGGACUUCAGACAUGCAGGGUGAUGGUGAAGAACAGAAUAAAGAAGCGCUGCAGGAUGUGGAAGAUGAAAACCAGUGAGACAUCAAAGCCAACGAGAAUCCGUCUCUGCCCACCCCCCAUUCCCUCCCCACCCUCAACCCCUGCCCCACAAAUUCCCCAUUGUCACUGAGAACCACCAAAUCUGACUUUUACAUUUGGUCUCAGAAUUUAGGUUCCUGCCCUGUUGGGGUUUUUUUUUUUUUGGUUUUGGUUUUUUUUUGUUUUUGUUUUUUGUUUUUGUUUUAUUUUUGUUUUGUUUUGUUUCCCUUAUUUUUUUAUUUUUUUCUUGUUUUGUUUUUUUUUUUAAGUUUUAAAAGUUCUUAAAGGCAAGAGUGAAUUUCUGUGGAUUUUACUGGUCCCAGCUUUUAGGUUCUUUAAGACACUAACAGGACUGCAUAGGCUUUUUCAGCAUUACUGUGUUGUCUCCAUGCCAGACGUGGCAAGGUAACCAUUAGACAUGAAUAUUACAUUCGAAAGCCAUUAGACUUCUAGGUAAAGUGUCUAGGAGAGAGGUUUAUCGCACUGUAGGGCGCAUGUGGUGGCAUUUUUCCUUUUUAUAAUUGUUUAAACCGAAUUUUAUACCAAUGUUUAAAAUUAAUUGGGUGUUUAGCUUGAAGUUACAGGUUGCGUUGGAACGUUUAUUGUAGUGGUUUUGCUGUAAAAAGUGUUUCCAAACUGUGCUGAAAUGUUGCUGGAAAAAAAAAAAAAGCAUGGUGCUGGUAACAGUUCAACAAUCCGUGGCUGCUCAUUCUUGCCUACUUUUACUUUCCCUCCAAGCAGGUUAGCAUUGAAGGUGGUAUUGAAGAGCCUGCAUGCGUGUUCAAUUCUUUGUUUUUUCUCCAUCCUCUACCCCAGCCCCUUCUCUCCCCCUCCCCCCUUCGCUCGCUCAACCUCUUUUGUUCAGUAUGUGUAACUUGAAGCUAAUUUGUACUACUGGAUAUCUGACUGGAGCCACAGAUACAGAAUCUGUAUUGUUCUUACUGAAACACAGCAUGAAUUAACAUUAAACUUAAAUAAAACAAACCUAAAUUAAAAAUGCCAAAUAUUAUUGCGACUCCAUCCUUUAUACUUCUAAAAUAAAGCCUCUAGCCUGAA